GGUACAGUAACCUACACUCUAAUUAUAUAACCUCUUUUUCCCAGAUGUGUGUAGUGACCUGGGGCAUCGAGACGGCUCCUUACCAGGUCGUUGACACAACCCAGACGUAUGAGGAACGCGUGUAUCCGGAACAGAAGUGGGUUACAACUUGGUGUCUCUCUGUGUCACACCAUGAUGCUACCAAUGACAUGUUCCACAAACUCUUUAAUUAUAUAGCCGGUCAAAACGACGAAGGCAUCAAGAUCGACAUGACGGCGCCUGUCACCACUCUGGUACAGCCAGGUGAAGGACCCAACUGUGAGAACAACUUCACCAUGAGUUUCUACGUUCCUGCCGUUCACCAAGACAACCCUCCAACACCAACCAACCCAGACGUGUACAUCGAGCACCGUCCUGAGCUGCACGUCUUCUCCAGGAGGUUCCACGGGUUCACUAAGGACGAAGACUGGAUUACAAAUGCAGCGUUGUUGGCAGAGGACCUUCAAGCAGCUGACCAAGAGGACGUGGACUUCCACACUUACUACACUGCUGGCUACGACUCCCCCUUUGUUAUCUUCAAUCGCACCAACGAAGUCUGGUUCAUGAAACACUGACUCAACUAGUUCAUUAAACAAUGAGUCAGCUGGUUCAUGAAACAAUGAGUUAACUGGUUCAUGAAACACUGACUCAACUGGUUCAUGAAACAAUGAGUCAACUGGUUCAUGAAGCACUGAAUCAACUGGUUCACGAAACACUGAAUCAACUGGUUCAUGAAACAAUGAUUCAACUGGUUCAUGAAACACUGAAUCAACUGGUUCAUGAAACAAUGAUUCAACUGGUUCAUGAAACACUGAAUCAACUGGUUCAUGAAACAAUGAUUCAACUGGUUCAUGAAACACUGAAUCAACUGGCUUAUGAAACAGUGAUUCAACACUGGUUCAUUUAACACUGACUCAACUGGUCCAUGAAACACUGCGAGUUAAACCAAGAAAUCUGUAUAUGUUAAGUUUACAUCAUUUACAUUUUUUUUUUUAAUUUCUAUUCCAAAUUAUCCAAAAUAUAUCUACAAAUAUAUA